AUCAACAGAAUUCAAGUAGAAUAACAAAAUUAAUUCAUUCAACCAAAAUUUAUUGAUUCCUUUUUUUUGAUUAAAUUAACCAAAGGAGAGUAACAAUAUAAAUAUGAAGCAAUUUGUAACAAUCUGAUCAGUGAUUUAGUUUUGUCCAAUAAGAGUAACAUCAACAAUCAAGAUUCACUUUUACAAUUUACCAAAAACAACAAUCAACUAAUAUUUUAGAUCAUGAAUCCAUUAAUUGUUUUAACUGCUCUCACCACAAUCAGUUUGUCAUUCGCUCAAAAUUUUGAUCAAUUUGGUAUCAAUGGAAAUGGAAUGGCCCCUGGUCAAGCUUCACUCUACCCUUUCUUACCACCUCCACCACCACAGCCAAUGAACGGAGGUCCUCCACAUGGACCAGGACCCCAUGGACCUGGACAUGUUCACGUCCCUCAUCCUGAAAGUCCUCUUGACCUGUUCCGACAAACCCCCAGACAUGGAGGACCUGCAGGUCCCGCUGGACCCGCUGGGCCUUCGGGUCCCUCUGGACCAAUGGGCUAUCGAGGACCACCACCAGUUGGACCUUAUUCAACCGGAUUGCGAUUACCUGGUGACUUCCAAUUUCCAAUGGGAUUACCACCCCAAUCGCAGUUCCGAUUACCUCCUCCUUAUCCUGGUCCAAUGGAUCAACUUAUUGCUCAACAAGUAACUUCGACUGUUGAAUGUUCUUGCUCAAUUUCCUUCGGAAUUCAAAAUUCUAGCUCAUUAGUACUUCCUCGAGCCCCUCAAAGCCUUUUCCCAGGAAUCAUUUGUGGUCCUGGUGCUGUUAGUCUUUGUAGAAUUCAAUGUAUGGCUCAGGCUCUCAAUGCAAGUUUCGAUCUAAUCAAUCAAGCAGUUAAUCCAGUCGAUGGAAAUGGAGUCUCACUUCAACAAUUCGUUUGUGGUAAUCAAGUGAAUACCACCACCGAAAUUGGCUCAACAACCCCUGAGAACAAUAGUCGAAUGGUUAAUAUUAAAUCUGAAACCUCAUGUUCUGAACAAUCAACCGAUUAUUCAUCAACUAAUCGACGAACUGAAUCAAUCGCCUUAGGGCCACAAGAAUGUAACACAAUCGCUAAUAUUGGAUCUUUCCAACUUCCAUCAAUUCCUUCAUCUGCUGUUCCAUCAACAGUUAAUUAGUGUAACAAUUAACAUGCGACAAAUUAUUCUAAUUUAUUAUCAUCAGUAAUGAUUGUAUAAAAUCAACGGUUAUUAAUUCAAUCUGCAAAUUGUAUUCAAAGAUGAUCAACAAACGAUUAAUUUGAAAAACUAGUUGAUUAGAUUCAAUUUUUCUUACCAUUGAUUAAAUUACCAUUAAUUAAUCAGCUGAAUAACAAUUAACUAUUGAUUUGCUUUUUUAAUUUGCUAUUGAUUUAACUGUGAUUGUUAACCUUUAAUUUGAUAUUUAAACGAUAAACGAUUAAUAUUAAUUAUCUUUCAA